GAUCCUAUAAGUUCACUUUUUGGCCUAUACUUUCUUGAAAUAUUUAUUUUAAGAAGAUGGAUCUGUCAGAGCUUGGAGAAACUGCAGCUUUCCUCAGAAGAAGUGAAACUGAUUUGCUUUUGACACCAACCAUGGCUUUUGAUGGAAAGCAGAAAUGCUGGGUUUGUGAUGAGAAGAAUGCCUACAUUGAAGCUGAGAUUAAGGGCAGUGAAGAAGACGGAAAAAUUAUUGUUGAGACUAAGGAUGGAAGGAGUCUGAGUGUCAAACAGGACCACAUCCAGCAGAUGAAUUCUGCAAAGUUUGACAUGAUUGAAGACCUGGCCAUGCUUACUCACCUCAACGAGGCAUCUGUGCUGCACACCCUGAAGAGGCGCUACGACCACUGGAUGAUCUAUACAUAUGCAGGUCUCUUCUGUGUGACUCUAAACCCUUACAAGUGGCUUCCAGUGUAUCAGAAAGAAGUCAUAGCUGCCUACAGAGGGAAGAGACGCUCAGAGGCUCCCCCUCACAUCUUUGCUGUUGCUGAUAAUGCCUUUCAGGUUAUGCUUCACAAUCGUGAGAACCAGUCUAUACUGCUCACAGGAGAAUCUGGUUCUGGAAAGACUGUGAACACCAAACAUAUUAUCCAGUAUUUUGCCACUGUUGCCACUAUGAGUAAAUCCAAGAAAAAACUGGAGGCUUUAGAAGAUCAAAUCAUACAAGUCAAUCCUAUCUUGGAAGCAUUUGGAAAUGCCAAAACUCUAAGAAAUGACAAUUCUUCUCGCUUUGGAAAAUUCAUCAGGAUGUACUUUGAUGCCAGCGGCAUGCUGUCAACUGCAGAUAUUGAGAUCUAUUUGUUGGAAAAAUCCCGGGUGAUUUACCAGCUUCCUGGGGAGAGGAAUUAUCACAUAUUCUAUCAAAUCCUGUUUGGAAAAAAAGAACUUCGUGAUCUGAUCCUGGUAUCUGCAAAUCCCUGCGAGUUUUGUGUUUGCUCCUGUGGAGCAGUUGCUGUGGACAGUAUGGAUGAUGCUGAAGAACUGCUGGCCACAGAAAAAGCCAUGGACAUCUUGGGCUUUCUUCCUGAGGAGAAGUACGGGUGCUUUAAGCUCAUUGGAGCCAUUAUGCACUUUGGAAACAUAAAAUUCAAACAGAAAUCCAGAGAAGGGGAACUGGAGGCAGAUGGCACGGAAAGCGCUGACAAAGCUGCUUUUCUCAUGGGUAUUAACUCCUCUGAGUUGGUGAAGGGCUUGAUUCAUCCUAAAAUGAAAGUUGGUAAUGAAUAUGUCAUCAAAAGUCAAAACGUAGAGCAGGCAACCUGUGCUCUUGGAGCCCUGUCCAAGUCAGUCUAUGGAAGCAUAUUUAAGUGGCUGGUGGCUCGAAUCAACAGAGUUCUGGAUGCUAAGCUGUCAAGGCAGUUCUUCAUUGGCAUUCUUGACAUCACUGGUUUUGAAAUUCUUGAAUGUAACAGCCUUGAGCAACUUUGCAUUAAUUUUACCAAUGAAAAACUACAGCAGUUUUUUAAUCAUCACAUGUUUAUUCUGGAGCAAGAGGAAUACAGGAAAGAAGGUAUUGACUGGGUGUCCAUUGACUUUGGUCUAGAUUUGCAAGCCUGCAUAGAUCUCAUUGAGAAGCAGCCCAUGGGCCUCCUUUCCAUCCUUGAAGAGGAAUGUAUGCUUGCUAAGGCUACAGACAUGACUUUCAAGACAAAACUCUUUGACAAUCAUUUUGGAAAGUCGGUUUAUUUCCAGGAGCCCAAACUUGAUAAGAAAGAGAAACAUGAAGCUCAUUUUGAACUUGUCCAUUAUGGAGGAGUGGUGCCUUAUAACAUCAAUGGUUGGCUUGAAAAGAACAAAGACCUUGUUAAUGAAACAGUGGUAGCUGUAUUUCAGAAAUCUUCCAAUAGAUUCCUGGCAAGCCUUUUUGAAAAUUACAUUGGUACUGACAGUGCUCUACAGUUUGGGGAGAAGAAACACAAGAAAGGAGCUUCACUCCAACUGGUUGCAUCUCUUCAUAAAGAAAACCUCAAUAAAUUGAUGAUUAAGCUGAAAUCAACAACACCUCAUUUUGUGAGAUGUAUAAAUCCCAAUGUGAGCAAAAUACCAGGUGUAAUAGACUCUUCCUUCGUUCUGCAGCAGCUGCGCUGUAAUGGUGUCUUGGAAGGGAUUAGAAUAUACUGCGAAGGUUUUCCAAACAGAAUGCCCUAUGAUGAUUUUAAACAAAGGUACUGCAUUCUGAACCCGAAGAUCUUUUCACAGAGCAAGUUUGUGAGCAACAGAAAAGCAGCUGAAGAACUACUUGGUUCCUUGGAGAGAGACCAUAGUCAGUACCAAUUUGGAAUCACUAAGGUGUUUUUAAAAGCUAGCUUUUUGAAUAAAUUGGAAGAAGAAAGAGACAAGAGACUAUCCACAGUCUUCACAUUAUUCCAAGCUAGAGCGCUUGGCAAACUGAUGCGAAUCAAAUUCCAGAAGAUUCUCAAAGAAAGGGAUGCAAUUCUUUUGAUCCAGUGGAACAUAAGAGCUUUCAUUGCUGUCCAGAACUGGACCUGGAUGAGGCUCUUCCUCAAGAUCAAACCCCUUAUUAAGUCUAUGGGCAUAGGAGCCAGAUUAAAGGAAGAGUAUGCACAACUGCAGAAAGCCUUGGAGAAUUCAGAAUCUCAGAGAGAGGUCCUGAAAGCAGAGAAAGUCUCCCUCAACCAGGAAAAGAAUAACCUGCUUCUUCAACUACAAGGCGAGCAAGAGAACCUGGCAAAUGUUGAAGGGCAGUGCGAGUUGCUGAUUAAAUCCAAGAUCCAGCUGGAGGCCAGAGUCAAGGAGCUGUCUAGGCGUGUGGAGGAAGAAGAGGAGAUAAAUUCCGAGCUGACUGCCAGGGGGCGGAAACUCGAAGAUGAAUGUUUUGAGUUGAAGAAAGAAAUCGAUGACCUGGAAACAAUGUUGGCCAAGUCAGAGAAGGAGAAGCAUGCUAUGGAGCACAAGGUCAAGAACCUGACAGAGGAGGUGGACUCUCUGAAGGAGGACAUUAACAAACUCAACAGAGCAACCAAAGAUGUGCAGGAAGCCUAUCAGCGGACUCAAGACUACCUGAACACAGAGGAGGAGAGACUCAGUGACUUGAGCAUAGCAAACCUGAAGCUGGGACAACAGGUAGAUGAGCUGGAGGGUACCCUUGAGCGGGAGAGGAAAGCCAGAAUGAACUGUGAAAGAGAAAAGCACAAACUGGAGGGUGAUUUAAAGGUGACCCAGGAAAAUGUGGAGCACCUGGAGCACAGCCAGUGGCAGCUGGCAGAACAGCUGAGGAGGAAAGAAUUAGAAAUGUGUCAGAUGAAUUCAAAGAUUGAAAGUGAAAAAGGCCUUGUGACUCAACAUCAGAAGAUGAUUAAAGAGCUUCAGAAUCAUGUAUGGAAUCUGAAAGAAGAAUUGGAGGCUGAAAAGACCACUAGGGCCAGGGUAGAGAGAGAGAAAGAUGCCCUCAUCCGAGACCUAGAAGAUUUGAAUGAGAGGCUGAAGGAGGCAGGAGGAGCCAGUUUGGCCCAGUUGGACAUAAAUAAGAACCAAGAAGCAAGAUUUCAGAAGCUUCACCAAGAUAUGGAAAAGGCCACGCAGCACUUUGAGGCAAUGUCUGCCUCUUUGAAAAAGAGGCAUGCAGAUAGCCUGGCCGAGUUCGAGGGCCAGAUAGAACAUCUACAGCAGGUCAAGCAGAAACUGGAAAAAGACAAGAGUGACUUGCAGCUAGAAGUGGAUGACCUCCUGACUCGCACUGAGCAGAUGACAAGAGCUAAGGUGAAUGCUGAAAAAUUCUGUAGUCUGUAUGAAAUGCACUUGAAUGAAGCAAAUACAAAACUAGAUGAGGUGACCCGGGUGGCAAAUGACCUGAAAGCACAGAAGACAAAGCUACAGAAUGAGAAUGGUGAAUGCCUAAAAAAACUGGAAGAAAAGGAGGCCAUGCUAAGUCAACUUUCCAGGGAAAAGAACCACUUCAUUCAGCAAAUUGAAGAGCUGAAAGGGCAGCUAGAAGAGGAGACCAGGUCUCAGAGUGUCCUGGCCCACGCCCUGCAGUCAGCCAAGCAUGACUUUGACCUUCUACGAGAGCAGUAUGAGGAGGAACAAGAAGCCAAGGCUGAGCUACACCGGGCCCUGUCCAAAGGCAACACUGAGAUGGUGCAGCUGAGAAUGAAGUACGAACAAGAAGCAAUCCAGAGAACUGAAGACCUGGAGGAGGCCAAAAAGAAACUGGCCAUUCAGUUACAGGAGGCUGCUGAAGCCACACAGGAAGCCAAUGCCAGGAAUGCAUCCCUGGAGAGGGCCAGGCACCAGCUGCAGCUUGAGCUUGGGGAUGCCCUGUCUGACCUUGGGAAGGCCCGCUCUGCAGCAGCUGCGCUGGACCAGAAGCUGCAGCACUCUGACAAGGCCCUUGCCGACUGGAGGGAGAAGCAGGAGGAGACCCAGGCCUUGCUGGACGCCUCUCAGAAGGAGGCCCGGGCUCUCAGCACUGAGGUCCUCAAGCUGAAGCACACCUGUGAGGAGAGCACUGAGGGCCAGGAGACGCUGAGGAGGGAGAAUGAGAGUCUCCAAGAACAGAUUUCCAGUCUGACCAACCAAGUUAGAGAAGGUACCAGAAACUUAACUGAAAUGGAAAGGGUUAAGAAACUGAUUGAACAAGAGAAGACUAAAGCCCAGAUGACACUGGAAGAAACAGAGGGAGCUCUGGAGCGGAAUGAAAGCAAGAUUCUUCGCAUCCAGCUUGAACUCUCAGAAGCUAAAGCGGAGUUUGAAAGGAAGCUUUCAGAGAAAGAGGAAGAAAUAGAAAAUUUUAGGAGGAAGCAGCAGUGUGCUAUUGAUGCUCUGCAGUCUAGUCUGGAUUCUGAAGCUAGGAGCAGAAUUGAGGCUACCCGGGUAAAGAAGAAGAUGGAAGGGGACCUCAAGGACAUGGAGCUCCAGCUUUGUUCUGCUCACCGCCAACUGUCAGAGGCAACCAAAUCUGUGGACCAGCUUCAGAGUCAAACGAAGGAUCUUCAAAUGCAGCUGGAUGACAGCACACAUCUGAACAGUGAUCUGAAGGAGCAGGUGGCUGUGGUUGAGAGACGCAACUCUCUUCUUCAGUCUGAACUAGAGGAACUGAGGUCUUUGCAAGAGCAGACAGAGCGUGGGCGCAAACUGGCAGAGAAAGAGCUCCUGGAAGCCACAGAUAGAGUCAAUCUUUUUCAUAUCCAGAACACAAGCCUUCUCAGCCAGAAGAAGAAACUGGAGGCUGAUGUUGCUCAGAUGCAAAAAGAUGCAGAAGAGAUGGUGCGGGUAUGUCAGAAUGCAGAAGAAAAGGUCAAGAAGGCAGACACUGAGGCAGCAAAUAUGUCAGAGGACUUGAAGAAGGAACAAAACACCAAUGCUCACUUACAGAGGAUGAGAAAGAAUAUGGAGCAGACAAUUAAAGACUUACAUAAAAGGCUGGAUGAAGCUGAGCAGACUGCCCUGAUGGGGAGCAAAAAGCAAACCCAGAAACUAGAAUCCAGGGUUCGUGAACUGGAAAGUGAGCUGGACGGGGAGGUCCGUCGCAGUGCAGAGGCCCAGAAGGAAGCUCGAAGGCUGGAAAGGGGCAUUAAAGAGCUGAACUCUCAGGCAGAUGAAGACAAGAGAAAUCUGAGCAGGAUGCAGACUAUGAUAGAUAAACUUCAGCUGAAAGUGCAAAGUUACAAGCAUCAAGUGGAGGUAGCGGAGGCACAAGCCAAUCAGUAUCUUUCCAAGUAUAAGAAGCAACAACAUGAGCUGAAUGAAGUGAAAGAAAGGGCAGAGGCAGCAGAAUCUCAACUCAAUAAGCUCAAAAUUAAAGGAAAAGAGUUUGGAAGAAAGGUUCGUGAAGAAUAAGCAGCUCCUUCUUACAAAGGACAGUGACCAGACAAAGAAGAAGAAGAUGCCAUUUUAUGGUUAAAAUCUUCAAUUGCAUUUGAAACAAACAUUUCAAAAUGUGUAAUUUUGUGAUAUGGAAAGCAAUUUCAACAUAGUGAUUGGAAAAAUGUAAAAAUUAUGGAGAAUUUCAUCACUCCCAAUGUUAAUGGAAGGUUUUGAUCCUCAACUGCAAGAUUAUCUUCUAACAAUUGAUAUUUAAGAUUAAAUAGAUGCAAGAAUCUUUUCAAUUCUGAGGUUAAAAAGAAACACUGCAUAGGACUCAUAGAAGAUAUUCUCAUACUGAUUAUACCCCAUGGGUCUAGGGCAUGUUGAUAUCACUAAAGUUAGCUAAGUUUGCUUAAUUCAUUGCCUGAUUCAUUAAACUAUAUAAGCCUAAUUCAUUAAAAACAUAUAAACCUAUAUUUUUAGUCCUGAAAAUGGAUGCAGCUAUAAUCACAUUAGGCACUUUGAACCUUAAGCAAAACUAUCAUAAUCCACACACAUAUAGGCCAGAUGGUGGGGGGAAUUUAACCGAUGAGGCAAAGUCACCCAACAAAAGCUUCAGUGACAGGUGUAUACGGGCUUUGUAAUGUGGCUGUGCAGCUUAGCAGGAGGAGCAGGUCCCAGAAUUUCUGCUUGCAUGACUCUGGAUUAGAGUUGGUUACAGGAGGAAUUUGUAGGUAGAUAAGAUAGGCCAGUGUAAGAGAAGGAACAUCAGUAUAAUGUCCCUAGGUGCUGUGAUAGCUCAAAGAUAUUACCCCAGGGCAAAAAAAGUGAGCUGGCAGAGAUCACAAAUAACCCUCUGGAAUGCCAGAGCCCUGGGCCUGUAGUGCCUCUUCCUAUCAAGACUCCUUCGGCCCUGCAGAAUGCUGGCCAGGUGUGUAUAGAUUCAAGGCAGCCAGCACCAGCUUUCUCUGAAGAAUACCCACAGUGCUGCCACGGAGGCCACGAAUGACACAAGCAGGGUCCAGCUUGCUCUUACGAUGACACCCCUUUAUCCUUGCUCUUUUUUUAAAAUUAGAUAUUUCAUUUUAUUCCAGAUUAGUAUAGUGAGGAAUUAAAAACAGUAAUAUAUACCACUAGAAGAAGCUUGCUGUAUUUUCUUUUUUUUUUUAUUUAAAGAAAAGGAAACAAAAGAAUACAUGGAGAUAAAAAAAAGGGGUAGAAAUAAUACAAACUUACAGAAAAACAAACGGUAAGAAAUUGCUGAUUGAUAAGUUACACAUUGUCAUCUUAGAAAUAGCUGUUCAUGUUAUAGAAUUAAAGUAUUUAGAAUGACAUUCAUAAAGUGACACUACAAACCCUUCUGCUCUAUAAUCGAACAAGAGCUCAGUAAUAUAGAUAUCAGUCCUACACAUUUGUUUUACAUCUCAAAGAGGGUAAGAUUAAACAUAUCAAAACAGAGCAUAGCAGUUGAAAAAACAAUUUAAAGAAAUACAGAUUUCGUAGCAAGCUUGCUGUAUUUUCCUGUUUCCUCAAUUUUUUCUCACUGUCUUUUUGGAUAGACAAUAUCCAAGUUAUCACUUCGUAGUCACAAUUAACAGUUUUUGAUUUCUUAUUUCUUUUAAUUCAAUAUCCUCUUCCAGUUUCUCACUAAUUCCUGUGUAUUCAAAUACUACUUUAAUCUAUAGAUAUAGUCUGAGGCUAUAUUUUAAAAUGUAUGGCACAGUUCCUAGCACAGAGUUUGACUCAUAGUAACAUAGUCAACAAAAGGAAUCAAAUGAAUGAGCAAACUGUUAGCUUGUUUCAGAGAUAUUUUAGACAUCUUGUACUCAAUAUAUCCAAAAUACAAUUAUCUUUGUUCCAAUAUUUCUGUAUUUCCCUAUUUUCAUUUAUAGACUGUCAUCCACUUAUUAAUUAAAAGCCUCAGUUACUCUCAAAUCCUACUUUAUCCUUUACCAUUCACAUUCCAAAUCUCCAUGUUAAUGAUCUAACAUUUCAACUUUCUUCAGUUCCUCUUUCCCCUCAAUAACGGAAAUCAUCUUUUAACUUGAGUGUAUGACUGGAAUGCUUAACACCUUUUAUGAUUGUGAAUCUGACUAAUUAGUUUAAAUAUGGCCUUCUCUGGGAGGCCUUAUCAUCCUCUUUCAUACAAAAUUUGUCACUAAAGCAUAUGCACUCUCUAGUAUGCUUGUUCAUGUAGCAAAUUAUCAAGUUAUACAAUCCUCUCCACUUCCCUAUUUCAAAAUAUGCCUUCAGUCAAUACUACAGUGCUGAGGAUGGGACUUAGUUUCUCCCAGGUUCAAUUCUUUUUAUUUUAUUUUAUUUGAUUUUAUUGUAAAGAGAUAAAGCCAAGCAAAACAAAACAGAAUAAAGCCAAUCAAAAUAAACCAGUGUAAGUGACACAGGACUGCAAAACAAUAUGAAAUCAACAAUGGUUACCAGAAUGCUUCUUGCUGUUCUCAAAAUAGCUGCAGAUACCCUCAGAAGUAGUGAAAAUCAAACAGAGCAGAACAGAACCAAUAAAAACAAAACCAUGAAUGCAAUGAAGGACUUCAAAACAAGACAGUAGUACAUCCAAAAAGGCUACAAUAAUAUAUCUUGCUAUCUUUGAAAUGGCUGCCUAUGCCAUCGGAUAACAACAAAGUCAAACAAUAAAACCCAACCCAACAAAACAAUGAAAAUGACACAGGACUUCAAAACAAGAUAACAGGGAAUUAACAAUGGCUGCCCCUUUCACAAGGAGAUCCCCAGCAGAUGCCACACUGCAUGCCGUUACCUUCUGAAUAGAUGAUCAGACCACCGGCCUUAGACCUGCAAAAUCAGUGAAAUACCGAACACCACAAGCAUCACACUGCAUUUCACCUUAGUAGCUAUCACAACCUGUGUUUCUCCAGAUCAGUCAGUCACUUAUGGGGCAGGGGUGGGGGUGGGAAGUUGGCUCUUCUUGUUUUCUAUGUCAGAAGGGGCUGGGCCUGGCUGUUCCCCUAGGAGCAGUGACCCACGCAUGGCACUGAUUCACAGGGAGGGUUGCUUACUGGUAAAUUCUGGUUCUCUUCCCCACCACAGUCUGAGAAUGGUGCUGACUUACGGGAAAAGGCUAGCAUCUGGCUUUUCCCGGGCAGCUACCCGAACAUCAUCUUUGCUCUUCUUGUUCCAUAGUCCUCUCUCCCUCCUGACCCUGGUGCACUGAUCCACAGUCACACUGGCAUAACUCUCACAUUUGUGUAAAAUUGCAGCCAUAUAAUAAACUCUAUUCUCUUUGAUUGUCAA